AUGAAUAAAGAUAAUCUAAGUCAAAAUGUAAGAAGAGUAUUAGAAAAGAGAGAAAAAAAAAAGUUGAAAGAAGAAAAAGAAUUGUAUAUGGCAACUAAAGUGAUAAGCUCCCAAAAUAAUAUUCUCAGAAAAAUAAUAGCACAAAAACAAUCAUCAUCUAUUAGUUUUGUUAAUCAAUUAAAAAAUAUAAAUAAAUCAUUACCUCAAACAAAAGGUAAAAAUGAAAAAAAUUAUAUGAAAGAAAACCGUUUAAAAAUUCAAGAGAAAAUAAAUCUUCAAAAAAAGUUAUUAGAAAAAAAAGAGGAAAUAAAAAAUAAAAAACCUUUUAAGAUGAAAAAAUUUGAAAAAAUCACUUCGAAAGUAGCAAAAACUUUAAGAAGAGGUGAAUAUGAAGAUGAAAAUGAAAAAAAGGAAAGCACUAAAAAAGAAGACAAAAAAGAAAUAGAAGGAGAAAUAAAUAAAGAUAAGCUGGAAGAACAAGAGGGAAAAGAAUAUGAAGAAGCCGAAGAAUAUGAAGAAGCUGAGGAAUAUGAAGAAGUUGAAGAGUAUGAAGAAGGAAGUAAUGAAGAAGAAUAUGAAGGGGAUGAAGUAGAAGCUGAAGAAGAAUACGAAUAUGAAUAUGAAGGAGAUGAUAAAGAACAUGAAGAAAUAGAAGAGGAUCAAGAGGAAGAAGAAAUAGAAAUGGGAGGAGAUGAAGAAGAAGUGGAAUAUGAGGAAGAGGUGGAGGAAAAUGAAAAAAGAGAAGAUGAAAUAGUAAAAAAAGAAAAAAGUAUAAUAGAUAAAUUUAAAAAAAAAGAAAACGAUGUAAAAGAUGAAAAAAUGAGAAAAGAGAAAUUACAUAAAAAUUAUGGGAAGCUACCUAAUUAUAUAUUAAAAAAAAAAAAAGAUGUCAUUGAUGAAUCUGCUGAUAUACCUAAAGGAUAUAGAGUUUUAAAAAACGAUGAGAGAAGUUACGUUUUAAAGGAGUUACAUUCACAAUUAAAAGAAGUUAAUGAAGAAUAUAAAAAUAACAAAGAUAAAAUUAAAAAAAUAGAACUUGGAAAAAAAUUAAAAGAAAUAAAAGAGUCCAUUGAACUAUUUAGCAAUCCCUAUGUUCUUGUAGAUAAAAACUUUUAA